CAGAAAUAGUCCGUCUUAAUAACUUAGAUGGCGCCAAAACACAAGUUCGAUUUAAAAAGGAAUGUCUAUUAUUUACCAGAAUCCGAUUUAAAUUUGUGUUGCCAUUUGUAAGUACAGUUCUAUUGUUGAUAAUCGCACGCGCACACCACAUAUGAUAAAAACUAAACUAGUAGAUAAAAAAUAGUAAUUAGUAACGCGCGUUAUAUGUAAAUAAAAGUAUGGCUCUCUCCUUACAUAAAUUAUUAUUUAACGCAACUAAAAAAAAUAAACUGCCUUAUUUAAAUUUUAUUAAGCAAAUAACUUCCCAGAAUUAUUUAGUAACCCAGCGGACAAAAAAACAAUACUACAAUGAUGACAAUAAUUACCAAAAAACGUCAAGGUUGACGCGUGAUUUUCAUUUAACCUAUGCAAUGUCAAUAUGUGCACUAGGUUUCGCGUACGGUUUUUACAAGUGGAACGACAGUGACAAUAAUUUUAAAAAUUAUUUAAAUAAUUUUUCUAAUAUAUUAAUACCUAAAAUUCAUGCCAAGACUUUUGAUACUCCAGGCAUCAAUGAUAACAGAAAUAAAUACAAUUUCAUUGCUGAUGUUGUGCAAAUAUCAGCGCCCUCAGUUGUGUAUAUAGAAAUUAAAGAUCAAAAGAGACUUGAUUUUUUUACAGGGCAUCCAGCGACAACGAGCAAUGGAUCGGGAUUUAUUGUCAGUGACGAUGGUUUGAUCCUUACAAAUGCUCAUGUUGUUAUCAAUAAGCCGAGUACACUGGUCAAAGUCAGGCUUCAAGAUGGAUCAACUUAUACAGGACAAGUUGAAGAUAUUGAUCUUCAUAGUGAUUUAGCAACAGUGCGAAUUAAUAAGAAAAAUUUACCAGUGAUGAAACUCGGGAGUUCAUCAGAUAUACGACCUGGUGAAUUUGUCGUAGCAAUAGGUUCACCACUAGCACUUAGCAAUACCAUUACCAGUGGGAUUGUUAGCAGUGCAAAUAGACAGAGUGAAGAACUGGGUUUGCAUCAUAAACACAUGGGAUACAUCCAAACUGACGCUGCAAUUACUUUUGGGAAUUCUGGUGGUCCAUUAGUAAACUUGGAUGGCGAGGCAAUUGGUAUAAAUGCAAUGAAAGUCACUGCUGGUAUUUCAUUUGCGAUACCAAUCGAUUAUGCAAAAGAGUUUUUAAAAAAAGCUCAAGCUCGACGGCAUAGCCGAGACAAUGUUGGAGCUAAAAAUAAUGUUGAACAAGGUAAACGGCGUUAUGUGGGCAUCACUAUGCUUACUCUUACGCCUGAUAUACUGUUUGAGUUACAACAACGCAAUAAUAAUAUACCAAUUAAUGUAAGACACGGUGUACUUGUGUGGAAAGUCAUACUGGGUUCACCUGCAUACAAUGGAGGUCUACGAGCUGGAGACAUCCUGACUCACGUAAACGACGAGCCAGUGGUCGAAGUUGCCAAUAUCUACAAAGCUCUUGAAAAACCGGGCUCCUUGAUCAUGACCGUUUUGAGAAACGGCGAGACACUCAAGUUAAGAGUAGAGCCUGAAGAUGUUUAAAAUUAUUACUUAGCGUAUUUUAUAUUUCAUCUAAACACGUUGUGUCAAGAAGGGAGUCAUUAAAAAUGUUUGCAAUAAAAAAUAAAAAUCUUA